AUGAUCAACAUGAGCGUCUUGCCAUCUUGCAUACAUGGCAUCCAAUCCGUGAUUGCUUUGGUGAUUCUAGGCUGUUCAGCAGCUAGAUUAUCGGAAGAGUCAUCAAGCGGGUUUGGCCUGGCUUUAUUCACGGCCAUCGCGACCAUUCUCGCAGCAAUCUACAUCAUCACCACCUCCUUCAUCGCAAAGACGUUGUUCAAGCUUUGGGUUUCCGUUGCAUCUAAUGCCUUCACUCUGACUUUCUGGGUCAUUACCGUCAUAGUCAUGGGCACUACGCAUCAUUUUGUGUACUGCCAGGGAGAUCAGCACAACCAUUGCUACAGAAAGCGGUAUUAUCAUGGGAAGGAUGGUCUUUGGGCUGCGACACUUGCGUUGAGUGUUAUUGAUGGGAUCCUUUCUGCUAUUGCACUUGCGAUUUCCUGUUGCGGUCGGAAAAAUCGAGAAAAGAAUGAGGUCGCAUGA